AUGGGCAAUAUUGCGGACAACGUCAAGGUAAAACAGUCACAAGGCGGCCCUCUCAGAGAGAAGCUGCUACGCCUGGAGAAUCUUGACGUCGACAUUCCUCCCGAUAACAUUGUGCAGAACCUGACCUCUGCUGCGGCCACAAACGAUGACGACAACAGUUACCUACCGUUCCUCGGUCAGCUUGACCUCAGGAAUGCUGUUGCUGAGCAUGUAAGCUCCGUGACCAAGGGCGCGAUCAAAUACAAUGGCGAGGCGAACUGCAUCAUCACUGCUGGGGGUCUGAGCGGGAUCCUCAAUACCCUGCUGGCGACUGUGGAAGAAGGGGAUGGUGUCCUCAUGACGGAACCCGUGUACGCUGGGUUGCUCAAUCGAGUCCGGCUUGCUGGUGGCGUCCCACGUUUGGUCCCUUUGCAGUUUAACCCGGGGGAAACAUGGUCCCUGGACCGGAAGAAGCUGCGACAAGCAGUGGAAUCGCCAAACAACAAGAUAAAAACGAUGCUACUCAUGUCUCCCAGCAUGCCAACCGGGGCUUACCUCAAUCGGGAAGAUUGGACGCUCAUCACCGAACUUUGUGUCAAGCAUGAUAUACUGUUGGUGUAUGAUGCAGCCAUGGAGCGUCUGCUAUUCGACGACCUGCCGGUUAUUCACCCAGCAUCCUUCCCGGGCAUGGCGGAUCGAACCAUAACAGUGGGCUCGGCUUCAAAGGAAUUGCGCAUGAUCGGCUGGCGAGUAGGCUGGAUUGUUGGUCCCGAGCACAUUAUGCAGGACAUCGGCUUAGUAUCGAUGGCCAAUGUUGUUGUUCCCGUAGGUAUUGCGCAAAGAGCUACGCAGGAGGCGCUUCGGAUGUCCAAGACGACUAUUGUCGAUUAUGUUCAUGAGCUGCAGCUUCGGAGGGAUCUGUGUCUGAAAGAACUCAGUGGACUGCCCGUUGGCAAGCCCAGCGGUGGAUGGUCGCUGUUGUUGCGUGUAGAUGCGCUGGGUUGGCGGGCCGACGCCGCUGCUGAAGCGCUUCUUGAACAAGGAGCCUGCGUGACUCCGAUGGUUGGAUGGGGCUCCAGUGAGGAAGCCCAGUACAUACGGAUUGUUUUCUCGAACGAGCCACGAGAUCGACUGGCAGGUCUGGGAAAGAUAGUCAGGCAGGCAUUGUUAAAGUGA